UUUCACGCUGUUUUUCUAUAAUUGGGGGAAUAAAGUGAAAUUUGCAUAUAAAUAUCGAUUGAGUUCAGUGGUUUUCCCUUGCUUUUCGCCACUUCCUCACCUCUCCUUGUCUCUCUCACACACAUUUCAAUCUUCCGAUUUUAUUCCUAUUUCCGGUGGGCUGAUCCGAAUUAUUAUCGGAGAAUAACCUACGUUUACUAAGCAACAAUGUCGAAUUUCACCCCGAAAAACAUCCUCAUCACUGGAGCUGCGGGAUUCAUCGCUUCUCAUGUCGCCAACAGGCUUAUCAGGAACUACCCUGAGUACAAGAUUGUCGUGCUCGACAAGCUUGAUUACUGCUCCAACCUCAAGAACCUCCUUCCUUCAAAAUCCUCUCCCAACUUCAAGUUUGUCAAGGGAGACAUCGGUAGCGCUGACCUUGUCAAUUACCUUCUCAUCACCGAGAACAUUGAUACUAUAAUGCAUUUUGCUGCCCAGACCCAUGUCGAUAAUUCCUUUGGUAACAGUUUUGAGUUCACCAAGAACAAUAUCUAUGGCACCCAUGUCCUCUUAGAGGCCUGCAAGGUCACCGGGCAGAUUAGAAGGUUUAUCCAUGUUAGCACGGACGAGGUCUAUGGAGAGACUGAGGAGGAUGCUGUUGUUGGGAACCAUGAGGCCUCCCAGCUCCUGCCGACAAACCCUUACUCUGCAACAAAGGCCGGGGCUGAGAUGCUUGUUAUGGCAUAUGGUAGAUCUUAUGGAUUGCCUGUCAUUACGACCCGAGGCAAUAAUGUUUACGGCCCCAAUCAGUUUCCUGAAAAGCUGAUUCCUAAGUUCAUCCUCUUGGCCAUGAGAGGGAAAACUCUUCCUAUCCAUGGCGACGGAUCCAAUGUUCGAAGUUACCUCUAUUGCGAGGAUGUUGCGGAGGCCUUUGAGGUCGUUCUCCACAAGGGAGAAGUCGGUCAUGUUUACAACAUUGGGACGAAGAAGGAGAGGAGGGUCAUUGAUGUUGCCAGAGACAUGUGCAAGCUGUUCAACAUGGAUCCCGAAAAGAGCAUUGAGUUCGUGGAUAACAGGCCGUUUAAUGAUCAGCGGUAUUUCCUGGAUGACCAGAAACUGAAGAACUUGGGUUGGUCAGAGAGGACCACUUGGGAGGAGGGACUGAAGAAGACGAUGGAGUGGUAUACCAGCAAUCCCGAUUGGUGGGGCGAUGUAUCCGGUGCAUUGCUUCCUCAUCCUAGGAUGCUAAUGAUGCCUGGUGGGAUCGAGAGGAAUUUUGAUGGAGCUGAGCAGUACGAGUCUGGAAAGUCCGAAUUCACUGGUAACGCUACUCAAGAUAUGGUUGUGCCACCUUCCAAAACCGGCCAAUCAGCAGAGAAACCUGCCUUUAAGUUCUUGAUAUAUGGUAGAACUGGGUGGAUUGGUGGUUUGCUCGGAAAAUUGUGCGAGAAACAGGGAAUUGCAUACGAGUAUGGGAAAGGGCGUCUUGAGAACCGGCAACAGAUUUUGGCGGACAUUCUUGCUGUGAAGCCAACACAUGUUUUGAAUGCAGCUGGUUUAACUGGAAGACCUAACGUUGAUUGGUGUGAAAGCCACAAGACUGAGACAAUUCGCGUCAAUGUUGCUGGCACAUUGACCUUGGCUGAUGUGUGCAGAGAGCACGGACUACUCAUGCUGAACUUUGCCACUGGGUGCAUUUUCGAAUAUGACACUGCACACCCUGAGGGUUCUGGUAUCGGAUACAAGGAGGAAGACACACCCAAUUUCAUCGGAUCUUUCUAUUCCAAGACGAAGGCAAUGGUGGAGGAGCUCUUGAAAGAAUACGACAAUGUCUGCACGCUGAGAGUCCGGAUGCCGAUAUCUUCGGACCUGAGCAACCCACGCAAUUUCAUCACCAAGAUCUCGAAGUACAACAAGGUGGUCAACAUCCCCAACAGCAUGACAAUCUUGGAUGAGCUUCUUCCGAUUGCAAUUGAGAUGGCGAAGCGGAACCUCAGAGGCAUCUGGAACUUCACCAAUCCGGGCGUUGUCAGCCACAACGAGAUUCUGGAUAUGUACAAGCAAUAUAUUGACCCGGAUUUCAAAUACACCAACUUCACUCUCGAGGCGCAAGCGAAGGUUAUCAUUGCUCCCAGAAGCAACAAUGAGAUGGAUGCUUUGAAACUGAAGAAAGAGUUCCCCGAGCUGCUCUCGAUCAAGGAGUCAUUGAUCAAGUACGUAUUUGAACCAAACAGGAAAACCCCGGCAAAGUGAAGGGGUCAUUCCCUCUGUGGGCAGGCCUAUAUUUUGGUCUAGAUUAUCAGUGAUCGGUUCUCUGUAUGUUAGCCUUAGUUUACAUGAGUUCAUUAUUUGGGGUGAUGCUCUUCAUUAUCUGCAAAAGAAUACUUGGUUGCGUUGUUUGUCCAUCAUUCUUGCUGGAUGCGGCAAUUAUAUUGAUUUCAUGUUUCCAAACCCUUUGUUUAAUGGAGUACUGAUUUCCUUGA